AGAGAGAGUGAGUUAGUGUUUGCUGUAAAAACAACUUGGGAGAGAGCCCUAGAAGUAGAAGAAAGAUAGAGAAAUAAGAGGAGCAAGAGAGCUUAAGCCAAAUCUUUACCAAUUCACCCAUCUAAGAACUGAUAACAGGUUAGGCGGUGUUUUGCACAGUGCUACCCACAAUGGUUGAGAUAAAGGAACUCCCGGAGCAGUGUAGUAAUAAUAGAAAGAAAAUCAGACAAGCAAUCUCUGUUCCAUUUCUUUGGGAAGAAAAGCCGGGAACUCCUAAAAAAGAUUGGAAACCACCGAUCGCUCAAACGGUUAAUCCACCAGUUGCACCACCUCCAGUGAAGCUUGUUGCCUCAGUUCCUUUCAAAUGGGAGGAAAAGCCUGGAAAACCACUUCCCUGCUUUUUCCGGCAACCAUCAGAUUCGGAAGUAGAAAUUCAGCUCUCCCCUGAAAACCUCAUUGCUUUAGCAUUGCCUCCUCCAGCAACUGCCACAGUGUACUGUCAAGACGGAGGUGGUGGUGAUGACGAUAGGCAUAUUGAUUGUGGCGAUGACAAUGGAAGUGAGGCUGAGCAAUUUAAGUUUUUCGAAUCAGAUAUUGAAGCAUGGGGUUUUGAAACUGAUGAAUCCUUUGGCUCAGCUCCUACUCUGACUCUAGCUGUUUCCAAUGUCAUUCCUAUGCUGCAAACACCUUCUUCACCAGCUUCUGAAACAGAUAGCAGCAGCAGCACAAGUAGCUAUGCCACUGGAACAACAAGCUUAGUUGGUGCAGCUUUCUUGGAGUGCAUGUUUCCACUGUUAUCGCCCGAUUCAAGUUUUCUUGGAAAGCUUGGCUGCUCUGAAAAAUUCAAUUCUUAUGUUACUACUCCAGUGAAAGUGCAGAGUAAAGAUUUGGAAUGGGAAAGCAGUUGCAGUGUUGCGAUAAGAAGGCCAGCGACGCUGGGGGAGCUGAUAAUGAUGAGUAGAAGGAGAAGUUACCGGAGGAAAGCUGUUCAAAUGCGGAGACACAACCUCUCCAUGGAAUAUAUGAGGAAGACAACAGUUGGAUGCGGCUUAUUUGGAAUUAACAACUGGAUUGAAGUAUUGCAGAGGAAGUGGAAGAGCCAGAUACAACUUAAACUCAUGUAGAUCACAUCAAACACAAAUCUGAUUCACAUAUUUCAAAUUCUGAAUACUUUUUAAAUAUAUUUUAUUUUUGGGUGCAAAGUUUGCUUUGUAAAUCAUUACGACUUUUUUCUGUCGUUGUGUGUGGAUAGACUUGUUUUUUGGGUGGGUAUGUGGAUAGACUUGUUACUACUCUCUUUGGUUUAACAUUU